UUGUGUGGAACUGGGAUAGUUCUGACGGGCGGCGCGUUCUCUUCCCAAGAGACAUGCAUUACGCGCAUCGGUUGGCCGCAUUUCCAGCAUUUCUCUUGGGAAUAGCGAGUUUGCACUACACUGUAGUGCCUUCGUUAGCUCAGCUUCGUGAUUACGCCUCCUGAUGUAUCGGAACUGCGUCUCGAAGCGUCCACGGGAGACGCUUGCGGACAUUUUCUCUGCGGGACCGUCGACGGCUGUUCAGACGGGGAUAGGAGUGGUUGCUGUACGGCGUGAAAGGAAAUUGUACCGAUGCCCUCCACUUUCGAGCUGUGCCCGGAAAAGCGUGCUCGCCGGCUCCUGCUGCGUCGGCGGAAGCUGAUCGCCGACGAAGCCUGGAUCCCCGAGUGCGACGACCGCGGGGCUUACGCCGCCCGACAGUGCAAGAGCCACAAGUGUGUCUGCGUAGACCAAGAAGGCAAGACAAUAUUCGGUCAAGCAGAGCUGCAUGAAUCCGACAACAUGACGUGUGGUUGCUCCAGGCAGACGACGGCGGAGCGCCGUCAGGGCCGGGCCGACGGGAUGGCGGCGCCGCAAGUGCACUGCGACUCGCGCGGCGACUUCCAACGACUGCAGUGCCAAGGCGAGCUGUGCUACAGCGCCAGACGGGACACUGGCGAGCCAACGGGGCCGGUCGUUCUCAUAGAUCACAUGGCGUUGCUGCCCUGCUAUGACGCCAAGCGGCAUGCCGAAGGCUACCUGACCGUUUGCGAGAGAGAGUUGGUUCGUGCACGUUCCCUGGUCUACCACUUCAGCCGCAAGGGUCAGACGCUGUUGGGCGUGGAAGGAGUGGCCUGCGACCUGGAUGGCACUUUCUCCCGCAUCCAGUGCGGACAGCACGAAAGAUGCGUCUGCACCGACAGAGACGGUGUCUCCUUGAGGAGCUACUCCCUGGAGCACAUGGGAAUGCAAGGUCGCCAGUACAGCAUGGACUGUGACUGCGCCAGGGACGAAUACGACCGCACGCGACGGUAUACUAACCUGCCGAAGCUGUCGUGCGACCAGUUCGGCAGCUUCCGGCGGGUCCAGCACCCGGCGCCAGACCACUGCCUCUGCGUCGAGCCGGACGGAAGUUCAUUCCGGAGUUGCCCCGACCUCGGUCCCUUCUGGUCUCUCAAACAGGCUUCCGAGACGCACGGCUCCUUCGAAGAAGCGCUCGCGCUGGUCGCGUGCUCCGAGUCCGACGCAGACAUCUACUGCGCGCAGCCGGAGUUCUGGGCGGAGGCCGUGUGUCGGUGGAGACUGCAGAGCAAGAACACCACGCAGUAAAGGGGCAUUGAAGACAAAAA